AAACCGAUAAUACCCGCUGCCCAUCACUUUUCUCUAUAUAUCGGCCGCUACUUUUCAUGAAAAACUCGUCUUUCUUGCUAUUUUGUCUGGUGUAUCUAUGGCGGAAUCUACAUUGUCCACUGCCACCGCCAACGCCAAGAAGCUCUCAGGCAAAGUAGCGAUUGUCACCGGUGGCGCCAGCGGCAUUGGCGAGGCAACCGUUCGUCUUUUCGCCGAUCACGGUGCCCUUAUGGUGGUUAUUGCUGAUAUCCAAGAUGAAUUGGGGCAACGAGUGGCUACGUCAAUAGGAGAAAACAAGUGUCGCUUCGUACACUGUGAUGUUUCCAAGGAAGAUCAAGUGAAAUCGCUAGUGGAAUGGACGGUCCAGAAUUUUGGUAGGCUAGACAUAAUGUUUAGCAAUGCUGGGAUCUUAGGAAACUCAGAUCAGACCGUCCUUGAUCUUGACCUCUCCGCGUUUGACCAUUUAUUUGCUGUCAACGUCCGUGGAAUGGCCAUUUGUGUAAAGUAUGCAGCGCGUGCAAUGGUGAGAGGUAACGUGAGAGGGAGUAUAGUGUGCACGGCGAGCGUAGCGGCUAGCAAAGGCGCGAAGAGGCGAACCGCUUAUAACAUGUCGAAACACGCGGUGGUGGGGCUGGUGAGGUCAGCCAGCGUGCAGCUGGGAGCGCACGGGAUUAGAGUGAACUGCGUCUCACCGUUUGGUCUUGCGACACCGAUGACGCUCCAGGCUUAUAAGAAGAGCGCGGAAGAAAUUGAGAGCAUGUAUGAGCCGAGCAUGAGCUUGAAAGGAGUAGCAUUGAAGGCAAGAAACAUAGCGGACGCUGUGUUGUUUCUUGCGUGUGAUGAUUCUGAGCUAGUCACUGGGCAUGACCUUGUCGUUGAUGGGGGCUAUGUCAAUCAUUGAUUGGCUCCAAUUUCAUGCUUCGCUUUGCUGUCAAGUUUGCAAGUUUCGGGCUUUUUAUUGGGUUUCAGAUCGAGGGCCUGAAGCAACUAGGGUCUUUAGUUGAACCCAAUUAGGUUGUGAUUUUAGGACUGGGUUUUUAGCUAUUUGAAUGUGUGCAUGGUCUAUGAUAAUGACUAGCCCAUUGCAGUCCAAAUUCGAGUCUAUUAAAUAAAACCCAUUAAAAUUUACCCUCCAAUGGAUUCUCAGCUGACUUGAGAAGCCAUUCCAAGGGAACUA